CUUCAUAGCAUGCCAGUUUUAGAUGUCUUUCACUCACUCCUAAAAUUCAGCAAUACCUGUUUAGUAAAUAAAAUCCCUCCUCCUCUGAACCCCUAACUGAAUUCUCUGCUCCUGGUUAGGAAGCACCCCUCAUACACGGCUCCACGGCCCUGCAUGUCAUCACUCGCCCGCCAUACAUUCCUGCUGCAGUUUCUCAGUAACUCGUUUCUUUCUGCAGCGGACAGGUUCGGUCUCCGCCUCCUUGCACGCUUCUGGGACUACACCACGCCGUGCGUUGCUUCCACUCGGCAUUAACUGAAGCUGUAGCGCUCCCGCCGUAGCCCUCGGAGAGCAGCGAUGUUUUCCUGCAGAGCGGCCUGGCAGAGAUGUGGGCCUCUGGCUCGGAGAGCAGCCUACAGGCUGCCCCUGGACGGUGUACAGCGCCGGUCCAUGUCAUCGGUCCCUGGUGGUUCUGGGGAGAACAUCCUGUACACCGUGCUGUGUGGUGGAGCUUUCGUCGCCGCUCUGUCAUACGGAUAUAUGACUGUGACCUCAGAUCAAGCUAGGUUCAGCGAGCGCAUCGAUCAGAUUAGAGCCAGACCUAAGACAGAUUGGACACCUAAACCCUGGCCACCUAAAGGCAAGGAUGAAGAUGAAGACAGAGAGGCUGAAGCUGUGGAAGAGGAGGCUGCUGCUGCUGAGGCAGAGACCAUAGUGGAGGAAGCAGCUGAGGUGGUCGCAGAGGCCGCUGAGGCGGUUUCAGAGGUCGCAGAGGCCGUCGCCGAGGUGGCACAGGUAGUGGAGGCAGCUGCCGAGGAAGUGUCCGAAGUGGCAGAGGCAGUGGAAGAAGCUGCUCUGGCUGUGGCGGAACCUGCCACGGUCGGUGCAGAGGAGACGCAAAGCGAUGUGCUGCUGGCAGAUGCCACUGCAUUAGAGUUACUGAAGAAACCCAAAGAAAAUGAUGACCUUGCACCCCCUGCUGAAGAACUGCCACCACCAACAGUGGAAAAGACAGUCGAAAAAGUGGCCCCUGCUGUUGCAGAGGCUUCUGCACUAGAGGGAAGUACUCCAGUUACACCAGCAGAUGAUGGAAAGGCUUCUGGAAUGGUAGAAGUAACACCAGCCAUGGAGACCCCUGCACCAUUAGAGGUUGUAGAGGAGCCCCAGUUGCUUGCAGAGCGUUCACUAGUUGUUGAGGAGCCCUCUGCAACAACAGAGGUUGCGCCAGUCGAUGAGGAGCCCUCUGCUACAUUAGAUGCUACACCAGUUGUUGAAGAGGCCCCUGCACUCAAAGAGGUUGCGGCAGUUGUUGAGGAACCCCCUGCACCAAAAGAGGUUGUGCUGGUUGACCAGGAGCCCCCUGCACAAGUAGACGUUGUGCCAGUUGAUGAGGAGUCCGAUGCACCAUUAGAUGCUAUGCCAGUUGUUGAGGAGGCCCCUGCACUCACAGAGGUUGUGGCAGUUGUUGAGGAGACCCCAGCACCAGUAGAGGUUGGACCAGUUGUUGAGGAGGCCCCAGCACCAGUAGAGGUUGGACCAGUUGUUGAGGAGGCCCCUGCGCCCAUAGAGGUUGCACCAGUCAUGCAGGAGACCCCAGCACCAGUAGAAGACGCUAGCAAAGGAUACAUUGUUGUUGUCCUGGAAGGAACACCUAAAGAAGAGAAAAGGCCCAAGGUCCUAGGAGUUGGUCCCAUGACUGGUAGAAUCAUCCCGGCUCCACAACAUGACAGCACCCCUACCUUUGAGUAAACUUCUCCUAAACGAUGAGUUUCAGUCCUCCAGUAGAAGGAAGAUGUGCCUUUCUCCUACACUUUCCUUAUCAUUCAGCUCUGAAAUGCAACGGGAGUCAUGGGUUACACAUUAACAUGGUACGGUUUUUAGAUCAGUAGCUGCUUUAUUGAGCCCAAACAGCUUAUUACUGUGAACCCUCACUUGGAUGUGAGCUUCAUGCGAGUCCAGUCAGUUACACACGUCUGGGUUUUGUAGUAUUGUCAGGAACAUCUCAUGUCUCCUCUGAACUACAGUCUGUUUACAACUUUUGGCUAAACUGAGCCUUUCAGUCUUCCCAAAGUUUUAUUGUUACACUUUACUGCUUUAAAAAUCACUCCAGUGGAAUAUGUUGAUGUUAUGCAUCUCCUUCAAACACUGCCCAGCCGCCGCAGUAUUAGCUCUCGAAGCGAGGGGGGUUUAGAUCCACUCCGUUACAGUAACCAGCCUCAGGUUUUUUCUCUGCUUCUCUUGGUUCGAGGUGAAAUCAAUGAAAACUGACUGUACUUUAUCUGCUAAUGAAUUAACACAUGGACCCAUGGGGGUGACCUACUACCUCACUUUUUCCUGAUGUUUUUCAUUUUAAAAUCACCCCAAAGACCUUUGUGCAAUCAGUCAGCAGCUCAACCAUUAACUUCAUAACGGAUUUUUCAAACUGAAAAAAGAUCAUUUUUUAAAAACGCUCCAAGGAAAUCAAUGAGUGUAGCAAAAUCAGCACCAGGUUCCUGAUGGUGUUUUGUUACCUGUUUGUUGCCAUUCAUUUUCAGUUUAUGUCAAUAAGAAAACUCAUUCCCUCUUUAUUUUCAUAUGAAUAUGGCCACAAGUUACAUUUAAAAAGGGAACUGUAUCUGCAUAUAACAAUUGGUAUCAUUUCUGUUUUACACCUGUACAUAUACAGUACAGGUGUAGCUAGUUUUUGUCGUUUGCUCCAAUGGAACUUAAAAGCUUGCAGCAUGUACUUUAUGUUAAUGAGGUGUGUGUUAAUGUGUCACAAAGUUUAAGUAUGUCCGAAGGAAGGUCUAAAGUGUGAGAGGCUUUGACAGCUCUGUUGUGGUUUUCUCCUCCAGAAGAUUUUUCCAUCUCUUUGUGAAUUCCUUUCCUUCUCGGCACAUCAGGGAUCACUGAAACUAAACUUAGAUGUUUUAUGUAGGAAAUUGCUUACUGCCCUCUAUGCUUUCAGCUGGAUUUCUGUAUUAGGAUCUAAGUGGUUGCCAAUGAAUAACUGAUACUGUGAAACAUUACUUUCGUUUUGCAAAAUAAAGGAUUUGAAAACAGAA